AUGCUUCCGGAGUCUGUCAAUAGCCUCUAUAAAAGCCUUAAGGCUGUGAUUCUUCAGUUUAAGUCUCCAGCAUUUGGAAGUUACUUUCUCAAGAAGGCCAGAGAUGAAUACGAUAGCAUCAAUGCCAAGUUCUGUGAAAAGAAGGACGAAAAGGCCAUUGAGAAGUAUCUUAAAGAACAGGGAGAGCUAUUGGAGAUCCUCAAAAGACAGACGACAAUCUACAACAUGUUCUACGACGAUUCAAGUGCGAUAUAA